AGUGUGGAAAUAUUUUUAAAAUUUGGAAAAUAAAUUAAAAAGUGGUCAGUUUGUGAAUAAUGUCUAAACAUUUUGGUUUAGUUAAUGAUAUUGAAAAAUAAAAAUACUUGUUCACUUACAUUACUAUGUAUUGCAUUAUCUAUCUUGUCUUCUAUAUCUUUUUAGUUUCCCUUUGUCUAUAUUUUUUUCCUCAUACUAUACACGCAUCAAUAUACCUGUAGCUCACAUAUACGCCGAUCCACAGCACCGUUGAUGCAUGUUUCAUUAUGUUUAUGUGAAGUAUGCUAUGUAGCUAGAUUGUGUUUGUCGUUUAGGGUUUUCUAAUACUUUUAUGUUUACACUUUGUAAAACACUUAGCUCAUGUAAAGUAAAUGUAUUAUCAUUGUAAAUGCAAAGUCAACAUGCCAGCGCCCAUGAGGGGGCGACCCGCUUCACGUAGCCUUUAAUUAAGCAGAUUUUUUACUGACUUUCCCUCAUGUGAGUGUUUGUUUAUCUGACAUUUCUUCAGCUAAGAUACAACGUUUCAAAUCACACAAUAACCUACUUAAAAUCCGCUCAUCAAACUAGAAAAGGCUUUUCAUUGAACGGCUCGUACAUUAUAGCCGUGACGUCAUCAUACGUUCGAUUCGCUGAGCACACUCGAAAUAAGCCUCACAUGAACGCGCGUGCAGUUAUAUGGACCAGUAUGACACCCGAAUUCACAUAUUUAAUGAAAAACAAGUUUGAGGAGAAUUUCACUUAACUUUGCAGGGGCACGUCUACUCCAGGGGUGAGCGCUGUCUCGUGCGCAUCAGUGGCAGUGAGAGAUUCAUGAAGACGGCAGCAAACCGAUGUCCACUGAUAACACUUCUGUCAAACACACUUCUGUCCAUCAACGGAUGAAUGCCGACUCUGAAAAGUAUUCUUUACCACGUUAUUGCACGAGGUGGAGCAACGAUGACCUUCAGAGGCAUGCAUUGGCUAAGAGCCGGCGCAUGGCUAUGCGGAGACCGGCCUAUAUGUUUAAUGCCCGCUACAAUAGUCUAUCGCCAAAUGAAGAGCGUUUCCUAGAGGCGGCUGAGUAUGGAAAUAUCCCUGUCAUCCGCAGGAUGCUAGAAGAACUUUCAGACCUCAAUGUCAACUGUGUGGACUACAUGGGCCAGAAUGCAUUGCAGCUUGCUGUUGCCAAUGAGCACCUGGAAGUGACCGAACUCUUGCUGAAGAAAGAGAACCUGGCCAGGAUUGGUGACGCUCUGCUUUUAGCCAUAAGUAAAGGCUACAUUCGUAUUGUGGAGGCCAUUUUGGGCCACCAGGCCUUUGCGGAUACAUCCAAACUCACUAGCAGCCCCCUCCAGGCAGAGACGCAAGAUGACUUCUUCGCAUAUGACGAGGAUGGCACGCGGUUUUCCCAUGAUAUUACACCCAUCAUACUAGCUUCUCAUUGCCAUGAAUACGAGAUCGUGCACAUUCUGCUAAGGAAGGGUGCCCGGAUUGAGCGCCCACAUGAUUACUUUUGCAAAUGCAACAGCUGCCUCUAUCACCAGAGGCAUGACUCUUUUAGCCAUUCACGUUCCAGAAUCAAUGCCUACAAAGGAUUGGCAAGCCCUGCCUUCCUAUCCCUGUCCAGCGAGGACCCGGUACUGACAGCUCUAGAGCUCAGCAAUGAACUGGCUGUUCUAGCCAAUGUAGAGAAAGAGUUCAAGAAUGAUUAUACGAAGCUGUCUAUGCAAUGUAAGGAUUUUGUAGUUGGACUUCUGGAUCUGUGUCGGAAUACAGAGGAGGUGGAAGCCAUUUUAAACGGAGACGCAGAGGCAGGUGGCCACUUUGAUAAGGGCGGCAGACCUAAUCUAGUUCGAUUAAAACUGGCCAUCAAAUACGAGCUGAAAAAGUUUGUAGCUCAUCCCAACUGCCAACAGCAGCUUUUGUCCAUAUGGUAUGAGAAUCUGUCAGGGCUCAGGCAGCAGACCACAGCGGUCAAGUUGCUGGUGGUUCUGGGGGUGGUGGUUGGACUUCCUGUUCUGGCCUUACUGUACUGGAUAGCACCCUCAAGCAAGUUGGGGAAGAUCAUACGUGGUCCUUUCUUAAAAUUUGUGGCACAUGCAGCUUCUUUCACCAUCUUUCUUGGCCUUCUCAUUAUGAAUGCUGCUGACCGCUUCGAAGGGACAUCUCUUUUACCAAAUAUGACCAUCCACGAUCAUCCCUCACAAUUGUUCCGCAUGAAGACCACUCCUUUUACCUGGAUGGAAAUGCUGAUCAUUUCCUGGGUUGUCGGAAUGAUUUGGGCUGAAUGUAAGGAGAUAUGGUCGCAGGGUCCUCGGGAAUAUCUGCUGGAGCCUUGGAAUUUGCUGGACUUUGGAAUGCUGGCCAUUUUUGUGACUUCCUUCAUUGCUAGAUUUAUGGCAUUUUGGCAUGCAAAUGUUGCACAGAGUUACGUUGACAAGCACUACACCGAUCUAUCAAACAUUACCUUGCCCCUUGAGAUAGAAUACUAUCGACUUGCUCGUGUCCACUGGGUUCCUUCAGACCCUCAGCUGAUCUCUGAGGGCCUUUAUGCCAUUGCAGUUGUUCUAAGCUUCUCUCGGAUUGCGUAUAUUCUACCGGCAAAUGAGAGCUUUGGGCCCUUGCAGAUCUCCCUGGGCAGGACCGUGAAAGACAUAUUUAAAUUCAUGGUGAUCUUCAUAAUGGUGUUCGUGGCCUUCAUGAUUGGAAUGUUUAACCUCUACUCAUACUAUCGUGGUGCAAAGCAGAAUGGUGCAUUCACAACGGUUGAGGAAAGCUUUAAAACUUUAUUCUGGGCUAUUUUUGGACUUUCUGAGGUCAAGUCUGUCGUCAUCAACAACGGGCACAAAUUCAUUGAGAAUAUUGGCUAUGUACUUUACGGAGUCUACAACGUUACCAUGGUUAUCGUCUUACUCAACAUGCUCAUAGCCAUGAUCAACAACUCAUUUCAGGAAAUUGAGGACGAUGCCGAUGUGGAGUGGAAGUUUGCAAGGGCCAAGCUGUGGUUUUCAUACUUUGAGGAAGGAGGGACGCUGCCUGUGCCAUUUAACCUCAUCCCCAGCCCAAAGUCCGUCAUCAGCCUGGCUAUGAAACUCAAACAGCUCCUGCUAAUACCCCUUCAUAGACACAAAGAGGAUUUAAAAGAAGACACGGAGCUCAAUGAGUUGGGUAAACAAAAAGAGUCCAGUGAGAAGAAUUCACCUUAUACAAGUCGUUACCAGAGGAUCAUGAAACGGCUGAUCAAACGAUAUGUCAUCAAAGCACAGACUGACAAAGAGGGAGAUGAAGUUAAUGAAGGGGAACUAAAGGAGAUAAAGCAGGACAUCUCUAGUUUACGCUAUGAGCUGCUGGAGGAGAUGUCCCGUCAGACGGAGGAGCUGGCAGAACUAGUCAGGAGACUCGGAGAGAGACUAGCCAGUCAACAAAACCUGUAGUUUUUCUCAUUAUCCUCAGCGGUGAUUCUCAUUAGAUUGUUAAUAAUAUAAUACACAUUGUUAUUAUCAUAUAUUUUUUUGCAAUAUCAUAAAAUAAUGGUAGUACAACAAAUACUAUGACAUUUAAAUACAUGGAAAAUACAUUUCUAAAUAUUUAAUAACAUAUCAGAACUUGGAUAUUAAAAUUAUUAAUUAUACUUAAAUAGGCUUUUUUCUUAAAGCAGAAGAUAAUUUUCUUUUUAAUUUCCUUAGGGUUCAGUUGCAUAAACAAAGCCAUUGUAAGAUUGUGUCUUAAUAACUAGUCUGACCAACUAGCAGUUAACAAAAGGAGUUUCAUUCUAAAAUCAGAUCUACAUUUUUAUGCAACUGACAUUAAAAUAAGUCAUAGACAGUCUUAAAGAAUAAAAAAAUGAUGACUAAAUUAAUACUAGUCCAAGCAAAUUAUUCAACUGGCUCCAAAACAUGUUUUGACCGGUAGAGUAAGUUGUGAAAAUUACUCUAUUACAUUACUCAACAUUAAGUCACUUUUGCUUGUUUUAUAAGCAAAGUUUCCUCUGGAGAGCAUUAAUUCUGCAAAAAUGAAGCUGAAAUUAAAUUAAUUAAAAAUGUUAUUACAUUUCAGAAUAUGUUUUUGGGACUGACAAUGCUAAUAAUUCUGCUUGCCAUGCCAUAACCAAGCCAAAACACAGUGCCUACACAUCAGACCAAAUGUGUUUUGACUGAAUUUUAUUGGAUUUCAUCAUACUGUGUUUUCACUGAAGCUGAGCAUAGUGGAGCCAGAACAGAUGUCAGUCUGAGACCUAAUGUCACUGUAAAUGUGUAAGUACUGUGUUUCGCUUGGUGUUAAUGAUUUUGUAAAUCUAUCAUAUUUUAAUCAUGGUCCACUACAGAUGUUUUAAUAAUUCUAAUUAUUAAUUAUUCAAUGUGUGAAGUCUGACAGUUAUAAGGUGCCAGUGUUACUAUAGAGUCAAUUGUAUAUUUAUAAUAAAAAAUGAAGAGGUAAAAAUAAAUGUUUCUUUAACACUA